AUGGCAUACAGCUUGUCGCAGUCGUACUUUGGGGCGAACCUGAUUUCUGACUUCAACUUCAUCAACUAUCCGGACCCGUCCAACGGCUUCGUAAGGUACCAAAGCCAGCCCGAUGCCCUCGCAAAGGGCCUGUACUUUAUCGACCCGGACACGCAGGCCGUGACACUGGGUGUGGACAACAAGAACACGUACAAUCUCAGCGAUGGACGGCCGAGCUUGAGGCUGGAGAGCAAGGAGCAGUACAAUCAUGGACUGUUUAUUGGGGAUUUUGCGCAUAUGCCGCCGUCGGUUUGUGGGUUGUGGCCUGCGUUCUGGAUGUAUGGACCAGACUGGCCUACUAGCGGGGAGAUUGACAUUAUUGAGGGUGCGAACCAGGCUACCAAGAACAUCAUCUCCGGACACUCUACAUCAGGAUGUCGUAUCCCAGACGACCCGGCAGCCGCCGGCCAACCUCUCCUCCUCAACUGCGAAAGCCCAGGGACAACCAACAAUGCCGGCUGCAAUUACCUGCCCCCGGCCUCGGACAUGCACACCUACGGAGACUCCUUCAACGCCGUAGGCGGCGGCGUCUACGCGCUCGAGUGGACCUCGGAGGCCAUUAGCAUCUGGCACUGGCCGCGGCAGAGCAUCCCUGAGGAUAUCGUCGCCAAGAACCCGGAUCCGUCUGGCUGGGGCCUGCCGACUGCGCUGUUUGGGACGUCCACGUGUAAUGUGGACACCUACUUUAAGGAUAUGAGCAUUGUAAUUCAGACGAAUUUCUGCGGUGAUUAUGCAGGCAACAUUUGGGGUCAGGACGGAGAUACCUGCAACCAGCGAGCGCCCACAUGCGUUGAAUACGUGGCAAAUAAUCCCACCGCAUUCGCGAACGCGUACUGGGAGGUCAACUACAUUGACGUCUACGAGCAAGGCCUCGUCGCCAACAACACUGGCCCCGCCGAGCCGACAACGACGACGACGAUCAAGUCCACGUCGACAAUCUACACCACGGUCCCGAAUCCGGCCACCAUCGUGACGAGCAUCACGCAAAACGGCACCGUCCUCGUCUCCACCACCACAGUCCAGUCCCAGCCCCAGUCGUCCGUUGUCCUGUCCACCGUCGUGGGGCCCACGGCCACCGCGCCGCCGAGCCCCUCGACCGACCCCCUGGUCCCCGAGCGCGAGCCGGCGACCAUCGGGGAGUACGCGUACCUCGGCUGUUUCGGCUCCGCGACGGGAUUCCAGACGUUCUCGCCCAAGGCCUCGGCGGCGGACAUGACGCUGGAGAACGAAUGCUUCUGCGCAGACAACCUCGACCCAGAUACCCGGGCUACUGCAGAUCGCGCUCUCUGCAACAGCCCCUGCCCAGGCAACAACACCGAACUCUGCGGCGGCACCACCACCACCAACACCAACACCUCCGGCAGCACAGCAGGCAUCGCGCUGGCGACAUCACCCUCACGCCGCCUCAUGCACCUGCACCUCCACCGCCGCGCCGCGCCCGCAACCUACCUCCUGACAGUCUACGGCCGCCUCGCAGCGGAAGUGCCCCCCAACGCCCCGCCGCUCGGCGACCCGGAGCCCCACGCGCCCUCCACCUCGACGCUGGUGACGACGGUGACCUACACGACCGUCUGCGCGACCGACGCGGCGCGCCUCACGCCCGCGGAGCACUCCACGACGAUCCUGGUGCUCGAGUGCAACAAGUACUGCGGCGACGGGCAGCCUGCGGCCGUGAGCGUGCCGAUGACGACGACGGUGGCUUCGUGCGCCGGGUGUGGUGCCGACGGGGCGGAUCGGGUUACGCUCACGGUGCCGUUCUUAAUCUUUGCGGUGCCGGUUACGGCGUCCGGGACGGCGACGGGGUAUUGGCCUACUAGCGGCGGCGGCGGCGGAUCGGCGACUGCCGCGGUGACACCUCCGGCGGGCGGCGGGCCGACCGGUGGACCCACUCCGUCCAUGGUCUCCGUUAGCGCGGCAUCCGCGUCGGAGGUGAACUUUACGUGGGCCGUCGGCUUGGGGGUUGCGAUUGCGUUGGUUCGGUUUGCGUUGAUGUUUUUCUGA